AAUCUACGCCAUCACCCUGCGCCUUUGUUGUCAGGCUGGACCCGAGCGGAUGUGUUUUCUCUCGGAGCUAACAAACUCAGUCAGUUAUUUAGGUGGACAAUUGAGAUCUGAGAUGAUUGCAGUGACGUUUUGACGCCACUGGAUCAUCCCAAAAGUGGGAUUGGAGUGAACAUUAAAUCGUAGGACUUGUUGUUGAAGAAGAACAAACAAAGAUAGACGUGAUUUGUUUUGCAACAACAGGGGAAGUAUUACGUUGGAGAUCGUUCUUAGGGUACACAUGUCGUCUGCAGCAGAGACUGUGGAAAAUGCCUCCAUUAUUGCAGAGAGUGCGUCUCAUGAUGGAAACCGCCUGUGGAUUGGCAACAUUGAUCCCAAAAUCACAGAGUAUCACCUGGUGAAGCUUUUGGAGAAGUUUGGCAAAGUUAAACAGUUUGACUUCCUGUUUCAUAAGUCCGGGCCUUUGGAGGGGCAGCCACGUGGCUACUGCUUCGUCAAUUUCAGCACCAGAGAGGAGGCAGAGAGGGCGAUCCAGUGUUUAAAUGGAAAGCUAGCUUUGUCCAAGAAGCUGGUUGUGCGCUGGGCGCACGCUCAGGUGAGGAGGUUUGAAGGUUUUCGCAAUGAGAAGACGAUGCCUGCAAGCCUGGAACCGUCAUGCAGUGGUUCAACAGAGGCAGGCUCUAUUACAACAAGCAACCUCAGCACGAGCGCUAAGAUACGUGCCAUUGAGGCCAAGCUCCAGAUGAUGGAGGAGAAUCCAGAUGAUAGCUACUCGGGCCCGUCGGCCUAUGUUUACAACAAACCGCCUGAGAGGAAGCGCUGGGAGCCCUACUCUAAAUCGCACCACAGUAACCAGAGCAGGCCCUUCCGCAAGUUUAGGAGAUGACCCAUCCUCCUGCCUGCUCUGAAGCCCUCUACUCCCCUCCUCCAUGUUCUGCUCCUAAUUCCCCCCCACCAUCUCUCUCACAGACUUGUAAAUUUGAGAAGAUUUUGAAGCUGCAGCAGAUGAACAGCACCAGGACUGUGGAUGAUGUGUUUAUUUUUACUGCUGUGCCAGCGAUCUGACUGGCUCAUCUAUUAAACUGCUCUUUCACUCGUGCGCAUUUCUAAUGCAGCUCACAUCUUCUACACACAUCUAAUCUUUGGUUUAACAUGUUUUCUUGUUUUCACUUCAUGUUAUUUAAUUAUUAAAAUGUGUUGGAUUUGUGUUUGAGUUCUACUUUUUUCAUAAUCUUUCAUUUGUUCAGGUAGACUGAAGUAUUAAAGCACAAGCUGCUCG